GCCGUAUAACCGCGGAGGCCACUCGCAACGCCACGACGCAAAUCUCCCGUUCACCCGUCCGCGUUCCGGAUCACUCUCUCCACUGCCGCUUGUCCGCUCCCCUCUCCCUCUCCGCUCCUCCCCACCGAGAUAUUUUUCCCGCGACCACCGCGCCAUGUCGCUGCUCGCCAUCGCCUCCACCCGCGCCACCGCAGUGCGGACGCGCGCCUCGGCGGCCUCGGGCGAGGCGGUGCCGGCGCCCGCUGCGGCUGCGGAGACCGCAGGGCGGAGGCCCGUGAAGGUGAUCCUGCCGAAGGGGAAGCCGCAGAAGUGGUCGACGGGGAUGGCGCCGGGGGAGUACGGCGGUGGGCCGGCCACCAUCAAGCCACGCAAGUACUGGUGGGGGAAGGAAGACCUCGACCCCGUGGGCAACACCGACGACUUCAUCUGGAACAAGGACUUCCUCCCCCACAUGGAGCGCGUCGUCGCCAACGGCGGCGCCGACGCGGCCCCCACCAUCACCCGCCUCGCCCCGGUGGACGAGGAGGAGUCAGGGUUUCUGAGCAUCAACCGCGCGAUGAGCCUUGACAGUGUGGAAGUUGAUCUGAGCAGUGAGCUUCAGGCGCCGACCAGGUCAAUCCUGCAAACCCAGGUUGAGGCUGCCAGGAGAGGCCGGGCCAUUGGUGCUGAGGCUGUGAAUGGCGUCACCACUCCUAGAUGGAGGCUAGUCCCGACACGCCGGGAGCAGGCAAAGUGGGACAGAGCGGCCAAGGCAGCCACUGGUGGUAGUGAUUUUAUAUUAAGGGAGUCAAAGUUAAGAGUGCAGCACAUGGACCCUAAGGAAUCGGCAGCUAGGUCUAGAGAGGAAUAUCUGAAGUUGAAACAAAGAUUGCAGUUGCUCACUUUAGGCAUUGGUGGUGUCGGUCUAGUCUCUGCUUAUUUUUCAUACUCUCCUGAAAUCGCUGCCAGCUUUGGUGCAGGGCUGAUUGGAUCUUUGGUGUAUCUCCGCAUGCUUGGAACCAGUGUAGAUUCCCUAGCCGGUGGAACCAGAGAAACUGUCAAGAGCGCUGCUGCACAACCAAGAUUGCUUAUUCCAUUGUUACUUGUGAUGAUGUAUAAUAGAUGGAAUCAGAUAUUAGUUCCAGAUUAUGGUUUCAUGCACCUGGAGUUGAUACCCAUGCUUGUUGGGUUUUUCACCUACAAGAUUGCUACGUUCGCUCAGGCAAUUCAAGAUUCUAUACCUGUAGUUGGAAACCGUGAAGUUUGAACAGUAUUCUGUUGAAUAGAAAACAAAGGUUGUUACCCUGAAAGAAGAUUGGUAACCCAAAUAGUAAGGUACCAAGCUUUAUCCUUUGAGAGAAUUCCUUAUUUUCCAUUAGAAGAUAAGGUGAUUCCCUAUUUGCCACUCUACAAAAUGAACUUACUUAUUUGCCAUUGUUUUUAAUUUAUUCCUUCUUCGUCA